AUGACCCGAAAGGAGCUGCCAGCACGCGCAGCAAAUAUCCAACGUGCAGUAGCUUCAACCACAGCAUGUACCUCUGCAACAGUAGAAUCGUUGCGGUCCUUCCUUGCGCCUACCUUGAGUCCUGCUCUCCAGCAAAAGAAGCCAUCCGCCAAUGUUCCGCCGCCAAAAGGGAAAGGAUCCUUAGCUCGACCAGUGAAAGCUGCUGUCGCGCGGGCCGGGAAACGGCCUGCAGUCACUAUCCUCGAAGUCCCGGGAGAACAAUCUGAUCAAAUACAGUCGCAGGAUAAGUUGGUUCUUGCAACAGAGGUUGUAAAUGCGACUUUGAAGUCCCUCACCGACGCUAUCAAGGAUCCUCCAGCAAGAAAGGUUACGCAGGCCAAAAGAAAACCACUUGCAAGAUCUUUGUCGAGUUCCUCCUUUUCCAAUGGACUCGAAUCGCGAAGCCAGACACCUUUACAGUCAUUAUGUGUCAAUCGACUGGCCAACUCGCCCGGCAAACACAAUCGUUCUCGACGCUCAUCAUCCACAGCUUCGAUGAAGCAAACAAUGGACGGUCUGAGAGCUCAGGCGGAAUGCGCGCGUGUUGCAUUUGCUACUCUCCGCUCUCUUCAAUGCCAGAAAGAGUCUUCGACCGCGUCGCCUUAUUUGCAAUUGGAAAGUGGUAUGUCUGCCUUGAUCGCCAAGAUGUUAGCUUUGGGCUUUGACGACAUUGCUUUACGGGAACUUCGAAUUCUCAAGAGACGGCUUGAAAUUUCUAAGGCUGCGUCAUCUGAUCAGGGCACUGCUGCUUCUGCGGGUCUCUGGAAAGAGGAAGAGAAAUCAGAUCCCAAGACCGAGACGCUGGCUGAGAUGCUGAGAUUCCGGAACACCAGUGCCAGGGGACAGCUUUUAUCCUUAAUCGUCACGACACAAUUGCAAGUGCUAAAGAUUCUCCGAUUAAGAAGAGACGCUUCCGCUACAGAAAACGCCUUCCAGCACCUACAAUUCAGGGUACCACAUUCUCCGGCGAACCUCAUCCAGCGACAACUCGAAUCGAAUGUGCCUGGGUCCGAAGAAAAAGUUGCCCAACAAUUGGAGUCUCUUGCUCAAGCACUUAUAGCAUUGUGCCCCACUAUCUCUUUGGAAGACGACUACAAGUCGCUUGCGCCUGGCAGCAAUGUAUCUCCAGAUAUCACUUUUCAAAUCCAACUCUUGGCUUUCCAGGUACGCUCAACGUGGUGGAAGAUCUCGGGUCACCAAAGCGAUAUUGCGAAAGAGAUUGUCGAACCUUUUUGUCGAUGUUUAGCCAUCUUCAGCGGUCGCUCAAAAUUGACCAAAGUGGAGAAGUAUGAAAUCGCAAAAAGCGCCCUCGAGGUUAUCAAAGAAUGCGUUCAGAGGGUGAAGGGAUUUCGGGAAGAAAUCCUGUUCAAGACCUAUCAAAUGUUGGCAGAAUCAGCCCAAGAAAGCUCGCAAUAUUCCCAGGCUGUUCGCUGGGUCAGGACGGCAAGAGAAUGCGCCUCCGAAAGUGCGUUAUCACAGACGCAGUUAUGCGACACAAAUUGUCGAUUGGCCAGCCUUGAACUUCGAUCGCUGGACUCUGAGCCUAGCGAUAAGCUCAUUGCUGUGUUGAGAGGUGCUGCCAGAAGCCUUGAAGGCGACCUGCAGGGUGAAUGUGCAGAUUUGGAUGAGCUCCUAUUAGCCGUUGCUAGCCUUAGAAGAUCCGCGUUCUCUUUUGUCCAGGACAGCCACAAGUCAUCGAAAGCCAAGGCGAUAGGAGCUCAUUCCGCGCUCGUCAAUGAAUGCUCAAAUAUCGUGUUGUUAUGUGCUAGGUUCUUAGUCCGUUAUGUCGGUAGUGGUAAUAUCCUAGGAGGGCAUGAGAAGACCACAGUGCGCCGUGAUCAGCGAAGGAGACUGGCAGCUAGAUUUGCAACCCCAACCAUUGAAUCAGUCGUGGCAAUGGCUCGGCUCUCUGCUGACUCGGAAGCCGGAAUCUGGAAAUCUCUAGAUAUAGGGCUUCAAGACUGCUCUAGACUUGCAUCGAGUAUCGCAGACUCUAAUGCGAAUGAAGUUCGCGCUACCGGCGAGGACACUCGAGCUUCGUCCUUCUCUAUAUCAAUCUCUAAUGCUUACUGGUACCGUUACCUGUGUAUGAAGCGAGGGGCAACAGACGCGAAAUCCUGCAAGGAAUGUCUCCUGGUGUCAAUCGAAUUUAUCCGAGAUCGUCCGUUGUGCGAAAAGCUGGCAGGGUCUCUACCUUUGAAGCUCGAAAAGUUGGGACAGCUUUGCGAAGAUAUGCGAGACUAUAAGAAGGCCGUGGACUCAUACAAAGAAGCUCUUCAUAUUGAGCUUGAUUCCGGUCUCCUUCGGGUAGCCAUGGAAGCUGCAGCUAUCCAGUCAAUACCGUAUGUGCUUGAGCUAGAUAGCGAGCUACUGCCUCUUUCUCGAAAGCUAUCGGCGUAUCCUAGGGCAGCGUUGAAAGCUAUUCAUCAAGGUUCUCGACAACAAUCGUUUUACGAGGCAGACGGGCUCUCUGCAAGUGAACGUGGCGUUCUGCUUGAGCAACAACUCGUAUCGCUCUUAACAACUCUAAACGUCCAAGGCUCACUAUCGACAACUUACGACGCAUUGAACGACAUAAGCACGUCAUUGCUAUCCACGUACAACCAAAACAAAUUCCCAGUGCGACGUCUCAGGGUUGUUGUUCGUUUGCUCCGUUUACUUCUGACCGCUCCUGGAGCACUUAGAAAUAGUCUCGUAGACAAAUUGCUCGAGGAACCCACAGAAGCUGCAACAGGUGCUCAUUUCGAUAUGGGUUUAUUGGGAUUCCUACCGCACCUCACCACAUGCCGAUGCCUUCUCAUCACUCUGCGCCGAAGAGUCCCCAAUAUCGGGGACCUGGAGUCAGUCAUUACAUCGUGGUCAAAGUUGGUCCAAGCAAUCGUCGACUGGGAUUCGCUCCAAACACAGGUAUAUGACAUUGCAGAUUGGCUGGUACAGCUCGAGAUGUUGGGCGAGUACCUGGAAAUGCAGGGACUAGGUUUGUACAGAGUAUCAGCCUUGAAUAUCGCGGUCGUAAUUCACCAAGCUGCAUUAUCGGUGCCAUGCUCAGCGCUAGUCUCAAAGCUAUCUGAACUGGGCUUACAGCACGUGAGGCUUGGAUAUAAUGGUCUUGCUGGUUCCGUCCUACACAAAGCGCAAAGGUAUCUUGAAGCCUCAGAUUUUUUCGGUAAGGUCAAGCUGAGAUGGCAUCUAUCAUACGCUGAGUACGCACUUGCCAAUGGGAAUUUGAAGACCUGGUCAGAACCUCUGCGCUCCACAUGUGAAUUUGCUAACGUCAAGCAGCAAGGAGAGUCUGGUGCGAGCCCAAGAGCUGCUUCAUGGUGGUACCUGUACAGAGAAACCCGAAAGAAUGAGGUCCAAAGAUUGGAGCGACCUGUCUCAAUUGACUGCGGAUGCAUACUACGUUCAUUCAUUAUUAGCGGCUGCAGAAGGUCAACCAUCCAAGGCGCUCUUCUUCGCCCGAUUAUGUGUGAAAAAUUGUCACCGAUCAUGGGCGAUCCUAGAACGGAGUCAGAACAGAGUCGAUGGAGCAAUACGGAAGGGUCCAAUUGA